ACCCAGCGUGCAAGCGUCAUCAACCUCCCUCCACCUUCAUUCCACCUCACCACGCCUCCUCCCAUUCCCGUUUCCUCGGCCGCAAAUCCAGUCCCGGCGCCCGCAUUUCCCGUUCCCAAACUCACCUGCUCCUCCCCUCCCUGUUUGCAAUCCAGCCUCUAAUCGGGAUCGGCGGCGGCGGCGUCGCUGUCGAGGGCGACGUAGGGAGGAGUCGCGGUUUCGGCUCCGCGGUUUGGAGAGUUUGAUUCGGUCUCUCCCCUUUUUCUCAUCCUUUAAUCCGGAAAUUUGCUUGCUCUGUUUCUUGGUCCACCCUCGCCGCCGCUGGACAGGUGGACGCUGCGGCGGUGCGGCUCCGGCGCCGGUUCGCCUCCCGUAGAGAAUCGCGCGGCGGCAGGAUCCAGCAAGGCCGCCGCCGCCGCCGCUGGGAAUCUUCUCUUCCGCGUCCGGGAUUUCCGGCUCAGCUUCAAGAAAAUACUUGCUGAGCUUUCCCUAGAAAGUAAAACAAAUAAAGGAAUAUGAGAUCAGUAGUUCGGUCGCUUCGCCAGCUCCGGCGAUUCGGCCAGCUCCAUGCAGAGAGACACUCAUCAACGAAUAGAUUGAUCAAGCAGCAGAAUGCUCUAGUGCUGUGCAGUUCAGCUUCCAGUUCAAUGAGCACAUUAUGUUGUAAUAGAGAAAUUGGCAGAUAUGUGAGCCCAAGUGUGGAAAUACUGAGGUCCAGCUUUUCCACUGUGGCAGCUGAUUCAAUCAAAGAUGUUGCAAGAGGUGGUCCGAUGGUGGAAUAUGAAAGGAGAAUAGCAUCAGGGGAGCUUGUGGAUGGUGAUAACUUUCAGAUUGAUACUAUUCAACAUUUACAAAGGCUCUAUGAGGAGCUGGUUGAGAAUGAAGAAGCUUGCCAACUGGACAGAUACCAGUCAUCUGAGAAAUCUGGAAGGCGUAGAUGGCUAUGGUCCCGCCUCAUUACCCAGCCUUCUACCUAUUCUCCGGUGCAGGGGCUGUAUAUGUAUGGAGGUGUUGGUACUGGGAAGACAAUGCUUAUGGACUUGUUCUAUGAGCAAUUGCCAGCUAAUUGGAGAAAGAAGCGCAUUCACUUUCACGAUUUCAUGCUAAACGUACAUAGUCGUCUUCAGAUGCAUAAAGGUGUUUCAGAUCCCCUUGAGGUGGUGGCAGCUGAGAUUUCCGAUGAGGCCAUCAUAUUAUGUCUUGAUGAGUUUAUGGUAACUGAUGUUGCUGAUGCUAUGAUAUUGAACCGGCUAUUCAGACAUUUGUUCAGCAAAGGCGUUAUUCUUGUUUCAACGUCUAAUCGUGCUCCGGAUCAGCUUUACGAGGGUGGUUUGCAGCGAGACCUUUUCUUACCUUUCAUUGACACGUUGAAAGAAAGGUGCAUUGCACAUCCCAUUGGCUCUGCAGUAGACUAUCGUCAAUUGGGUUCUGCUGAACAGGGUUUCUAUUUUAUCGGAAAACAAUACUCACUUCUUAAACAGAAGUUGCAAACAUUAAUUGGAGAUGAGGAACCUAGACCUCAGACAGUUGAAGUUGUUAUGGGACGGCAAUUGCAGGUUCCACUGGGAGCAAAUGGGAUUGCAUAUUUCCCAUUUGAAGAUCUUUGUGAUAGGCCUUUAGGUGCAGCUGAUUAUUUUGGGCUGUUCAAAAAGUUUCACACCUUGGCACUUGAUGGCAUUCCUAAGUUUGGGUCUCAGAACCGAACAGCAGCUUAUCGGUUUGUCACAUUGGUUGAUGUUAUGUACGAGAACAAAGCAAGGUUAUUAUGUACAGCAGACGCUGCACCAAUAGAACUAUUUGAGAAUAUAGUGACAGUUGCUGAAGCACGAAAAAUUUCUCCUAGAUCUUCACGGUCGCAGAAAACUGAUGAUCCUGACUUGUGUGUGGACAAUGAGCUAGGAUUUGCCAAGGAUCGAACAAUUAGUAGGUUGACAGAGAUCAACAGUAGAGAGUACUUGGAGGACUUUGAAGCGAAAUUGCGACAGCCCUUACAAGGUGUAGAUAAUGAUAUUGAUGUUGUACUAGUGUAAGUAGCAGCAAAUUGUCUGGUAUGAAUUAAGUCUACCCUCCUGGCUUUACAAAAUGAAGAAAGAAAAUGUUGGUUUUCCAACAUUGGUGCAUGUAAAUUUGCAAUAAGCCCCGUAAGAAAUUUUGCAAACAGGCGGGUCAUCCAUAAAGUGUAACACCUGUAGAGAAGAAAAAUGUUGUUCGUUCUUCUGAAACCUGUGUUGUGUCUUUUUGCCUCCUCUCACUUUCUAUUCCCAUGUAUAUGCCAAAACACCAAUAUCAUAAAAAUAGAAUAUGUUAGAUUCAGUGAGU